UCGUUUCUGCCCGUCACCGCGAAUAACCGAAGAUGACUCCGUCGAGCUUCUUGAGUUCGCUAGUAACUAAGGUGUCCUCAUUUAACACCUAGAAAAGAGUGGAGUAAAGAAAAAUUAAAGGGCCUGCCGGCACACAGCCGCCUGGAAAGAGCACGAAGCGGCGCAUAUUUUGGCCAAGCCGAGGAGGAGCCACCAUGGAGGAUAUCAACUCAAAUAUCAACGCGGACUUGGAGGUGCGGAAGCUCCAGGACUUGGUGAAGAAACUCGAACAGCAAAACGAGCAGCUUCGGAGCAGGUCUGCCUUGCUGUCGUCGUCUGGGGCCAUGUCAGGGACUCCCAGACCCCUGAGCGCCGGUUACGACCCGUCGUCCGUGUCGGCGGGGAUCGCAGCCGGUCUGGCCGGCUUCACUGGGGUGGGGUUCGGCGGACUGGUGGAGAACAACCGCUGUCUGAGCCCCAGACUGUCGUACGACGGCAUCAGCUUCCGGAGGGCGUACGACGGCGAGGGGGCAUCGGCCGCCACCAACUCACUUUAUUCAGACACAACCGGGGGCUUCAUAGACGAAAGCAAAACCUCCAUCCUAGACGAAGUGGACGUCCUCGAUCUGGAAGACAUGGAUUGUCUGAACGAAGACGAGGACAGCUGGCUAUAUGAAGCCAAACUCAACAGUCCACUGCAGAAAGCCUUGAGUCCUAUGGUGUGGUGCCGUCAAGCUCUUGACAAUCCCAGUCCUGAGAUGGAAUCAGCCAAGCGUAGCAUCAUCCACAGACUGGACCUCACCAUGUCAGCCAACAAACGCAGGAGCCUGUAUGGAAGCCCGUACAGCCAGCAGGUGACUUAUGGGAGUCCAUAUAGCACAAACACAGCAAACAGCCCUUACAGCAGUGGCUUCAAUUCCCCCUCCUCAACUCCCAGCAGAGUGCCUAUUGUAAGACAGCAGCUUCUUCCUGGGAACGCAGUACACCAGAGAAAUGCGACAGCAGAGCGGAAUCCUCCAGCAGUGAGCCCACAGUCGUCAGUCGACAGUGAGCUGAGCACCUCAGAGAUGGACGAGGACUCUGUGGGCUCCUCUACUACCUACAAACUCAAUGAUGUCACUGAUGUACAGAUUCUGGCUCGCAUGCAGGAAGAGAGUUUAAGACAGGACUACGCAGCUACAGCAUCCAGGCGGAGCUCAGGGUCAUCCUGCCACUCACUGCGGCGUAGCACAUUCAGCGACCAGGAGUUAGACGCACACAGUUUGGAGGACGAAGAGGAGGCAGUGCACCCAGCAUUCCAUCUGCCCUCCAACCGCUUCAGCCCUUCUCCACGCCACUCGCCUCGCGUCUCUCCGAGGAAUUCGCCCCGUUCGCGCUCCCCAGCACGGUCCAUUGACUACAGCCAUGGGCGCAGCUCCCCUCAGCCCAUCAUCAGCCGCCUGCAGCAGCCUCGCCACUCACUGCAGGGACACGGGCAAGACCUGCAGACCAAUGUGGUGAAGAACGAAGAAAAGCUUCGGCGUAGUCUUCCCAACCUCACACGCUCCAUGGCCACAGCGGUUCAGAGCCCCGAACCCGUCAAGAACAGCCGCAGCUGUGAAUCCAACCUGCAAGUGCCAAACGGAGGCUCUCCCCGGCACCAGAGCCAGUCUGCUACAGCAACUCAACUGUCAAGAUACUCAGCUACUUCUCGGUCAACUCCAAAACCCAAACAGCACCUCCAAAGACCAACUGCCCUCCGAGUCCCGCUCUCCUGUUGCUUUGGAGAAGAAGGUGAUUUCAUUCCUUCUCCCAGUAAAUUGAGGACUCCAGCCACCCCGUCCCCGCUGGCCUUGAGGCAGCCAGUAAAGGCCGCAUCCAACCCUGGCUCCGCUAACACCACGCCCACCCGUUCCUUAGCUCCUCCCCGCAGUGGCCUGCCCCGCCCCAGCGCUCCUGCAGGAGGGGGCAUCCCUCUGCCCCGCAGCAAGCUGGCUCAGCCUGUGCGCAGAACUCUUCCUGCUCCUCGGACCUACAGCAGCACGGGUGAAAACUGGAGGGAAGGCUGUUACUAAGGAGGGCCAGCAGGGGGCUCUCCUGCCAAACUAAGGAGGCAGACAAUACAAAGAGGCACUUUACCGUGAGACUAUGUUCCAAAUGUAUACAGGAAGUGACAAGUGACAGAUUGUGUCUCUCUGUUGGUUCCUGGCUGUGGAGGUUCAGGCACGCGAACAGGCCGGAAAAUGCCAAAGAAACCAGCCCACCUCCAGCUCCGACAGCAGAGGGCACAGCGCCCAGCUCCAUGUGAUCGCCACUCUCUCCCGCUCUGAUUUCACCUCCGCCACGUUGAAAUGUUUCCAUGCAUUUCUUCUUAUGCUCUGUGUUUAACAGAUGUGGGUGAGUGAUCUCUAUGAUGAUGCUGUGCAAGUGAAAUGUCCCAUGAUGUUGGACAGUUUGUCCUUGUGUCACAACAGUGAAAAGCACCAGAAGAGUCUUUAGUCAGAAUGUAUGUUCAGCUUUAUUUAUUCAAAUUAUUUAAGAAGUCUCAUCCAAACAUCCGCAUCAGUAUUUCUUUGAAGCUCAAACUGGCCCCAGUGUCUUCCAUGAUGGUGUUUCAGCAGUAACUCCUACUGACACAUUGUAGUUAUCAAUAAUUACGAUGUGAGGGAUUGGGUUACUUCAGAAACCCUGCCAUUAAUGAUACUGUGGCCAGAUUAGGCUUACAAUUUGAAUUAUUUUAAUACGGAAAAAAAAUGUACAUUUUGAACCUCAGUUGUAAGCUAACUGUCCAAAGCCUUUUGUUUGUUUUGACUGUCUCGUGAGGAUUUGUGAGGGAAUCGGACUGAUAAAUGACAUCUUGGCCAAAGCCUCUGUGCCGAGUUUACCAUAGUUUGCCAACAAACACCCACAUUGGUAAAGCGUACUUUUAUUUUUUAUAAGUGAUAUCUCAGAAACCUGUGUAUUGAGGGGAAAAAGUACAGCUGAAAAUGGAUUCUGCUCAAUCUUGGACACCAGGCAAAUAGUCCCAUUUUGACAGAGUUCAUCAGUUGUCAGUCGGAAUUGGUGGUGCCACAAAAAAAGGAAAAAAUGUCUUUAAACACAUUUUUAAAGUCAACCUAGCCGUUAACACGUGCUGUCACUGUCAGAUAGUUUGUGGCACAAAAGAUGUUUGGCCAUUUGUGCAGUGUGUUAUGAAACUAGUGCCUAUAAUUUGAAGUUCUACUUGAGUUUGAACAUGUUUGGGGUUUUUUUUUUUGUUGUUUUUUUGUGCCAAAUUCUGGAUUUUGCAUUGGUUUUCAGAGUUACUUAUCUGCUUGAUUGCUUUCCUGUUUCUUUUUGUAAGUCAGUCAAGACAUUGAUAAUUGCUUUAAAAUGUUUAAUAUGCGCCUUCAUAUUUAUAACUAAUAACACAUUCUGUAAAUGAAGCUAUUUAUUAAAGAAAGAGGUGCCUCUGUCAAAGAUUUGGUGGGAUGUUAGAAUGUGGCAAAAAGACGUACCACACCUUUUGUGUGAAAGUUUUUGUUACUGAAUUUUUUUAUAUCCACAGACGUGACAUCGACUUUCCCCGUGUAAAGGCACAUUUCAAAUUAAAGCUGAAAAGUGAUUGUGU